AUGCCGGCGGAAGACUGCGCCCCACGUAGUUCAUCUCUGGAACACGCCUCUGAUCCCAGCAACAGCAUCGAUGGAAGAGGCUUUGUCGAGACGAUCCAAUGGGAUGAAGACGACCCGGCCCAUCCUUUCAAGAGAGGUUUAACGACGAGAUGGUUGACUGUUGUUAUUAUAUCUCUUUGCUCACUUUGUGUCGCUUGCACAUCUUCCAUAUAUACUACGACCUAUGAUCAACUUCUGAAUGAGUUCCAUUGUUCACAAGAGGUUGCAACGCUAGGGCUAUCACUUUUUGUUUUCGGCAUGGGGUUCGGGCCGCUAAUAUUAGGUCCUUUAUCCGAGCUGUAUGGACGGAGAGUCGUCUUUUUGAGCUCCUUCACUUUCUUCCUCAUUUGGCUGAUUCCAUGUGCAGUCGCGAGGAAUGUACAAACACUACUCAUUUCUCGGUUCUUCAAUGGUUUUUCAGGUAGUGCCUUCCUCAGUGUUGCUGGAGGUGCAGUUGGAGAUAUGUUUCCUCGACAUCAACUGGCUGCUCCUAUGAUGGUAUAUACUGCAAGUCCUUUUGUUGGACCUGAGCUUGGGCCUCUCUUGGGUGGCUUUAUAAACCAGUAUACAAAUUGGCGCUGGACGUUUUAUACCUUACUAUUCUGGGCCGCCACGAUGCUAAUUUCGAUAUACUUAUUCGUGCCCGAAACCCAUCAUCCAGCAAUUCUAACGCAAAAGGCACGAAAAGUCAGAAAGCAAACCGGAAACCCAUGGCCGUUAGGACCAAGCGAGAAUAGUAAUGUACCUGUGAGGGAACUUAUCCUCCGUUCUAUCGUCCGACCCGUCAAGCUUUUGACGUUGGAGCCUAUGUGCCUGAAUCUGUGUAUAUACUCUGCACUUCUUCUGGGCAUACUUUAUCUUUUCUUUGGUGCAUUUCAGACUGUUUUCAAGUCUGUAUAUGGGUUCGAAUUAUGGCAGCGAGGACUCACUUUCCUAGGUCUUCUCGUCGGGAUGGUGUUGGCCAUUCUCUCUGACCCAUUUUGGCGUCGGAACUAUCAGCGUCUGGAAAGAGACCAUCAUACUCGGAACCCGGAGGCAUCUGGUUUCGACCCGGAAUGGAGACUUCCCCCAGGUACCGUCCUUCCCUGGCCUCCUAAUUCUUUCACCAUAUAG